AUGUUCUAUUAUUUAUCUGACCAAAGUGUGACUUCAAUAAAAAAUAACAAAGAUCGCUUUAGCGACUUAAAUGGUGAACUGUUAUUAGAUAGCGUAAAUCAAAACAAACAACGAAUCGAUGAAAUUGAAAGGAAUGUAGUUCAUAAUAAACAAACUCAUACGUUCAAAAUACAUCUUACAUUAACAAGUCAAUAUGGUGAUGAAGAAAAAGAUUUUCAAACUAAUGAAAUAAGUAAAAAUGAAGAAUUUAUUACAGUAAGUAAAAGCAAUAAACACAAACAAAGGCGUACCAAUGAUUACAAUGAAAAACAAAACAAUGACGAUGACUUAUGCAUUAUCGAACCAAAUUUAGAAACAAUGAAGAAAUCAAACGAGAAUUAUGGACGUAUGUUGAUAAAUAGUGAGAACAGAACAAGCAAUAUUGUUAAAAAUAAUAAAUCUUACCGUUAUACUUACCAGUGUGACCGUCACGACAUAAAAUAUAAUAAUAAAAGUAAUAAAAUGAUGAAUGAAAAUGAAGGAGCUAAACAAAAAUAUGAUCAUCCAGUAGGUUUUGACUACUGGUUUGUAGACAAAUCUCGUGAUGUAGCAUGUUACACUCGUCACAUUGAAUUAUACGUCUUGCUGUGUGAGCCACAAAACUAUCCAAACAACCUAUGCAAUAUCGAUAUAAUUCCAAUGAAAUCGAAUCAUUUACCACCACAACAAUCCAUAGUUCUAAAAUUCGUACCUAAUUAUAUUACUAACGAAGAGAUAAAAAAUGAAAUAGGAUCAGCUUAUAAAUCAAUCUAUAAUUUAGAAAAAAUGAAAGGUUCCAUGAUGGAAAAAUCUAGGCACAUACGUUUAGAACUAACUUGUUCAGAUGAAUAUAAAAAAUUAUCAACAGUAAUGGAUUAA